AUGUCAUUUUCUGUUGUUAUCCAAGAUUACAAUAUUCUCUGCAAGAUGAACAAACACAGUGAUAAUUUUACAUUUAACUCUUUCAGUAAAAUCGCCGUGUCCGUGUGGAUUAGACUAGAACAAAAAAAGUAAUAUGAGGGACCGUCUCAAAUUUGACAUCAAAUUAUCUCCUGGCAGCAGGUAAUAUCUGCAAACUAUUCAACUGCUUCUACUGAUAUUUGCUGCUAUGCAUAAUAGUUGGAACCAAAUCUUGAAUUUGAAACAAUCAGUGAAGUGAUAAGUGAUAACUGAUAAGAUGGAUAGUGACAGAGAUGGGGCCAUCCAUUGAAAUGGACAGCGCAUUCAUGUAUACAUUCACCACAGAUUUACAGAUGAUAAGUAAAAAAGAAUAGUGCCAAGAAAGACAUGGAGAACAAGUGUGAGAUCAAGAAAGAUAUUACCAAAUUAAUAGGAAAUACCCCUUUGGUGUAUCUGAAUAAUAUUGUGGAAGGUUGCGUAGCCCGCGUUGCUGCCAAGCUUGAAAUGAUGGAACCUGUCUCUAGUGUUAAAGAUAGAAUUGCAUACAGCAUGAUCAAAGAUGCAGAAGAUAAAGGCUUGAUUACUCCCGGGAAGACGACCCUCAUUGAACCUACAAGCGGUAACACUGGCAUUGGAUUGGCUGCAAUUGCUGCAGCCAAAGGUUAUAAACUUAUAGCCAUCAUGCCUGCUUCGAUGAGUCUUGAGAGGAGAAUUGUACUGCGUGCUCUCGGAGCUGAAGUUCAUCUUGGUGAUCCUGCCAAGGGCUUUAAUGGAUUGGUUGAGAAAUCUGUUGAGAUACUAAGUAAAACACCCAAUGGGUAUGUGCUUCGGCAAGAUGAAAAUCCUGCCAAUCCCAAGAUUCAUUAUGAAACAACUGGUCCGGAGAUAUGGAGAGACUCUGAAGGUAAAGUCGAUGCCCUGGUUGCAGGGAUCGGAACUGGUGGAACUGUGAGCGGAGCUGGCAGAUUCCUCAAGGAGAAAAAAUCAGAGAUGAAGGUGUAUGGUGUAGAGCCUUCUGAAAAUGCUAUCUUGAAUGGAGGUAAACUUGGUCCGCAUCUGAUUCAGGGUAUUGGUGCUGGAUUCAUCCCUAAAGUUCUGGAUGUUGACUUGCUGGAUGAAGUCCUCCAAGUAUCAAGUGAUGAAGCUUUUGAAACCACUAAACUUCUUGCUGUAAAAGAAGGUUUACUGGUAGGCAUAUCAUCUGGAGCUGCAGCAUCUGCUGCAAUUAGUUUGGCAAAGAAGCCUGAAAAUAAAGGCAAACUCAUUGUUGUGAUAUUCCCUAGUUCCGGAGAGCGUUACUUGUCUUUGAAGCUUUUUGAUUCCAUUAGAGAGGAGGUGGAAAACAUGACUUAUGAUUGAGAACUAACCAUUCUUUGAAGUUUCAGCUUACUGGUUGUAACAGCUGUAUAAUUUCUGUGUAUAUUGACCUUACAAUUUCGUGGAAUAUCUUCUUUUGUGUAAUAAAAAUUUUAAAAUGUAUUUCAAAUGA